AUGACUGAAAAUUAUUCACCUACCCUUGUCAAUGCAGAAAAUUUGGAAAUGAUAAACAAGAAGGGAUCAGAACAGAAAAACAAAUUGAGAACUGAAUAUAUGGAAGAAACACCAGCGUCGAGCUAUGAAUUUCAAAAUAAAGACACUGACAACUUGAACCCAUUCACAAGUACUCAAUCAGUCUCACCCAUAUCUGAAGAAAAAGUUCCUGACGAUUCAAAUAACCAAGUUUCCGAAAACUCAUCUGUCGAUAUACCUGAGAAAGGUUCACCAAUUUUACCUGCGAUACCUCAGUCAUCUAAUGUUGAAAUAGGCGCUAUACAAGAAGACACCACAAUUCAAAAUUACGAAAAUGAACACGAAAAUUUAUCUGAGGCCGAAACAGUGAUUUUUCAGGAAGAAGAAAACAAUAAUAUCGACCAAGCUCCUUCGAUCAACGCUUCCAAUACACAGGCCGGCGUAAACAAAGAGGCUACGGAGCAACAAUCGGAUGAGUUUAGUUUCAGAAAUCACAGAGAAGAUGUCUCAAAUGGAUUCUCAAAGGGAAGUCCAUUACAAACUGAAAAGUCGAUGGUCGUCGAAGAAGAAGCGAAUGCCACCGAGAAAGAAGAGGACGUUGACGAAGAAGAAGACGACGGAGAGGAAAAGGGUUCCGUUUCGGAAGGAAGAGAACGUACAAAGAAAAUCGAAACGCAGGGGUCUUCUGGUAGGAAACGAAGGCGUGUUACCACUUCACGUGCCAGGUACGGUGCCCGUGAUAGUCGAUCAAAACGAGACUCGACAAUUGAAGAUCAAGAAAGAGGUGCCGACCCUGAUGGAGAGUCAGCAAUGGAAGGUCGACAUGGUUUGGAACAGCCUUCUGACCAGGAUGCCGAGAAAACGUUGAAGCGAAAAGAGGCUUUUGAAGCUUUAUCGGCCAUAGAAAACGAGUUUGCAGUUUUACGGAAUCGAAUAUACGGAAAGAGGCUUUUAAAACUCGACGAACAAGCAGAAUUGAUUAAAAAUAAAAGGCACGAACGAUUUAAUGCAUGCGUCGAGCUGAUUAUCGAGCAUAGAGACAACCGGAUCCAACGGACUACCGAGCUUCUUAAGAAACAGUUGACUUCUAUCCGAAAUAUGAUGAAUUUCGUAUAUUCACAAAUGAAUUAUCAGCUCCUUUUCGAUAAACGGAAAUUGAGACAAAUGUUGUCUGCAAAUGUUGCUGCUAAAUUUUAUCGUUUGCUAAACAGACAACAAAUAUCUUAUGACCCCAUCGUUCAACUCCAAAAGCAGACAUCAUUUCGCCAGAAUGCUUUAACUAAUAAGCAGAGGUUAGAUUAUGAAACCGCUAUUCUUUGUGAGCUGGAUAAUUUUGUCGGGUUCCCAGCUGCCCCCAUUAUUGAACAGGCUUCCAUGGAUGACAUACAGCAGGAUUUAAUUGACAUGGGCGAAAUUUAUGGUAACGAAAGGUAG